ACUACUUCUCAUUUCCCCUUCCAUGUCCGCGACAGAAGUAUUCCUGGUAGUUGCACUAGGGUAUAUCCCCUAUCCAAAUAGUUCAGGGCAGCUCACUCAUGUGUUUGAAGAGGAUUCCUGUUCGUUAGCUGUCGCAUCUUCUUGCAAAAGAAGUUGUACAAGGACCUUCAACAACUCGCCCCGCAGGACACGUUGCCAGGGUCCGCAGUGACUCCGCAAUCCAGUAGCACCCAGCCAUGGCAUUCAGCACUCGCGCAGACGUGUUUCUCCCUGUGCUUUUCUGAGUGCAGUAUCCUAUUCUGCAUGCUCAUGUGCCAGGGUUUAGAUUGGUUGGAACCGAGGAUUCGCCUUCUGAGCUGGCGAACAUCACUAUUCCUUCUAUUGCUCACGAUUCUUUUACUUAUUCCCAUAUCGUUCAGCCUCAUCCUAACCUACCGUCCUGAUAAUCCAGGUUUCGUGCAAUCUCGCGCAUUACCGAUUCGUGUUGCUUUUGGAUUAGCACCUGUAGCGCUUUUCAUCUUUGCCCUUUCAUAUAUUCCACUCCCUGCUGAGCUACUCUUGGACAACCCGCUAACAGCAGUCACUGCGCGGCUAGUCACGUUGGGAACCACGGUCCUCGGGCUACUUUCCGGGCUCGGUGCAGUUAGUGGUGCAUGGGGCAUCGUCAACUGGUCUCGGUCAACACCAUCGGCGUCAUCGAUUGCAUCUGCUGAAAAUGCGCUUGAAAGAGUGAAGAGUGAUCUGCGAGAUCGUUCUCGUGACUUGGAUGACUAUACAAGUUCAAAGCCACAACCAGAUGGAUCAUGGUUGUCACGCGUGUCGUUCAAACGAAAUUCACAACAAAGCUCAAUGCAGCAGGAAGUUAUUGGUCUUCAAGCUCUUCAAGAGCAGAUGAGCCUUCGUGUUGUUGCUCUCAAACGCAACCGAAUUGCAGCAGAGUAUGCAGAGUCGUUUACGGGCAAGACUAUCACGUGGUCUUGGGCAGUUUAUUGCGUCUGCCGCGUAUGUAGUUCAGCCUUCAACAUUCUCUCACCGUCGGUAUCGAGCUCGAGUCCCUCUUCCGCAGGAGAUAUAGUUGCGCAUAUACUUGCAUGGCUGUUUUCUCUCCUCCCCUUGUCUGCGACAGGAGAUGAAGGAAAGGUGCAAUUUGACAUUCCAUCUCUAUCAAAACAAAUAAGUCUUUCCCUUGUGGGCGUCAUCAUUUUAUUUUCCCUCCGCAUGGUGCUACGUGGUGUGACAAGAGCAUUUCAUGUUACAUCGCGUAAAACAUCAGCAUCACUGAUGCUAUUGACCCUCGCGCAGCUCAUGGGUAUAUAUCUCCUGUCGACUCUUGUCCAGCUUCGAACAACCUUUCCACCCGCAGCAUCCGGUGACUCUCAGGGUGCGUCUGAUGAUAGCAUGAACUUGUUUGCGACGCUGCCAGAGUACUCGUUAUUUGGUGGGUUGUUUGAUUGGUCAUUCCUAAUCGGUGCUGCGGGAUGCGCACUGGCUCGCUGGGCGAGAAGUUCGUUUGAAGGAGAUGACUUUGAUGUGUAAUAUUCGAACAAUUGUACUUGUACACACGGCCUGCCUAAUGUAGACAUGGUCCGUGCACACCUUAUAUUUACAUAUAAAAGGACGCUCUGGACAACAUGAAUCCUUACCAC